AUGUCCGACCAAGUAUUGCUACCGAGAACCACGUUCCGGCCGCCCUCCCCGCUGGGUCGGAGGAGGCCGGCUCGGGCACUUAAUCCUAUAAUGGAGGAGCCCGAACAGACAAGAGACUCGUUCAUCGAGCGGAGGAGAAACAGGCGGUCCAUCGACAAGAUUGAGCAGUGGCUUUCACCUAUGAGCGACCACUUUCCCACCCCGAGAGGACAGCACUUUCUCGCCGCCCCGGUCUUCACCACAAGCUCGUCCUGCGCGUCGAGCGACGCCGAGCCCGAGCCCGAGCUCGACAACGACGACGCCAGCUCGCAGGCUUCUUCUUCAAACCCGUCCCUUCAGUGGAACAACCCCAAUAACCGAGACAGCAUAAUGACCGACGUAACCGAGUUUGACGACCUUUACGAUGUUUCCGACGACGAAAUCACACGAAAGCAACGUCUCCAAGCAAGCGGUAUUGGCCGUCAGCGAAGCUCCCGGAGCCUCAGGAGGACAUCCCGGGCCUCGAUGGAGAGGCGGAGGUCGUUGGCCCCCUUGGUGAUUCCUGAAGAAGCGACCGCCACAGCAGCUAAGAAGCUGAUGUCACCAAUUCCGCCAACCCCGCCAUCCACAGUGGUCAUGUCGCCUGCUCUCAAGACCUUUAUGGAACUGCGGCAGUCACAAGACAUCCCGCGUGUCUCAGCACCCCCCUCUCUCGACGGGAGCAUUGGCUCGGAGGAGAUGGCCCAGAUGUCCGCCCCUCCGACCCCGCUAAUUGGAGCCCGGGAUAACGAGGACGAAGAGUGGUCAGGAGUCCGUCUCCAGCCAGGCGCUCUCGAGACUCUCCAGGCCCUCUCCGGCAGCGACUCCGAGUAUGAGGACGAGCCGACCCAAGUUAUCGAGGUACCGCAGGAAAUGACUGAGUCCCGCCGGCGACUUCCCCGGCUCGUCACCGGUGCUGGUGUAACUCGGGCCCCGUCCCACCGACACUCAUUAGCCGACCUGACAAGGCUUGAUAUCCCGUCACCUGGCGGGUUUUUCUCAGACCUUUCCUCUGCCAGCCGUCGCACGUGGAACAACAGCCAACCGGAGGAAGCCAACCCGCCUACUUCGACAACCGCUGAGAACUUUUACAAGAUUCCCUGGGGCCGAACUGCGGAUAAGGUCCCGCCGCCGCCACCACGUCCCCUUCACCUCGACGAUCUACCGUCCACUAUUGUCGAGCGUGUCAUCGAGUUUCCCGCAAACGAGUACACCGGAGACCUCCCAACCGCCAUCCGGGUGGAGGAAACUCCGGUGCCCAUCACUGCCCGUCGAGUCCCGCUCACUCCGAAGCAGCCUGAAGCCCCGGCCUCCGAGACGGCAGUCGAGGAGCCCUUGUCCCCGGUCGAUGUGAACGAAAUCAUUGCCGAGUAUGACACCGAGUACAUCACGAAGCAGGAGGAGAACGCCAUCUCACACAUCAAUCGCACUCAAAUGUGGUUGGCUGCGCAGCGAUCCUAUCUCCAAGGUGUAGCAGGCUUCUCCGAGGAAAACGAAGCUUCCGAGGACUCUGAACAUGAAUCCGAGCCGGAAGAUAAGCUCGAAGUGCCAUCUGUGGUCGCCUCCCCCGAGAUCGAACAGGCUGAACCCAAGAAGAAAGCCGUCCGUUUCUCAGAGGUUGUCGUCAAACAGGACAUCCCUUGCAACCUGCCCUCGAAGCUCGUGCGCCAGGAGUCCUCCUAUUACCGCGCCUUCACCGACUACACUGUGAGAGCCUGUGCCUCAGAUGUAUUCAUCCAUCGCCAACCGCGCUUCGAGGCCCUCCAAGCCCAGCGCGUCUGUCUCAGGGAUGCCCACCGCAACCAGCUCCUCGGGAAGUUCCAGCUCUCGGUGGUCCCCCAGUCGGCCAAGAAGCGCAUGAGCACCAACGUCGUCCGUGGUGACGAUGUCGUCCACGACGACCCGGAGAAGCUCCGCGCCGACAAGGAAAGCGAGGCCCUCUCACAGAUGCACCUCGCCACUUGGCAGGUCGCUGCCACCAAACUGCUCAAUGGCGGCCGCCUCAUCUCCGCCCCCGUGGGCAAGCGCCUCGCCCGUCAAAGCUACAUGGCCGUUACCCCUGAUGGUCUCAGCCGCGACCGCGCUCGCAUCCUCGACCUCGGCGGACAGGGUGCCUGUGACUGGGCGUGGCAUGCCGCGCUGCAGUACCCCAACACCAAGAUCUACACGGUCACCACCAAGUCCAUCCGCCAGCUGAGCAACAGCAACAUCCGCGGCCCACCCAACCAUCGCCAAGUCGCCGUGACCACUCUCUCCAAGCUCCCCUUCGACGACGACCGGUUCGACCUCAUCUCGGCACGGGAACUGCACGCCGUCCUCAAGAUCUCGGGCGAGAAUGGCGCCGACGAGUGGGAUGCCUGCCUACGAGAGUGCAUGCGCGUGCUCAAACCCGGCGGCUACAUCGAGUUCGGCCUCCUCGACGCCGACAUCGUCAACGCGGGGCCGCUCGGCAACGCAAAGGCCGUCGAGUUCAGCUUCGCCCUCCAGACGCUAGGCUACGACCCCAACCCCACGCGCUCCUUCCUCGGCCGCCUCGCCAACGCGGGCUUCGACGAAGUCCGCCGCGCCUGGGUGUGUCUUCCCGUCGGGCCCAAGCGGCCCCCGCGCCCCGUCGCCGCCGCCACCACCACCUCCACACGCGACUCGACCUCGGGUGCGUCGGUGCGCGUGCACCAGCUCGAGGCCAUGGUGACGGGCUCGGCCGAGAACACCGCGGCCAUCACGGGCGUGGCCGCCGGCUGGAGCUGGGAGCGGUGGCUGCUGCGGGCCGAGACGGAGAAGGCCGCGGGCGAGCUACGCCUCGCCGACACCGUCACCCCGGGCAGGGCCAUGCACGAGGCCGGCAAGAUGAUCACUGACGUUCACGCCGUCGUCGAGGAGGGUCGCCAGAUCGGCUCCUGCUUCCGUACCCUGCGCGGCUACGCCCGCAAGCCGAGGUCGGUUGUUGCGCCUGCCCCUGCUGUUGUGCCGGACGUGCCGGCCUUGCCGCUAAUAGCGGAUGCAGAGGGGUUGGAUCGCAGCGGGUCGAUUCGUAUCUUUUUGGAUACCGAGUCUUUGAUGGGCUAG